CAUGUAGGCCUAGUGUACUGUAGUGUGUAGUCGAUGAAGACAAUACAAAAUUAUUAUUUUUUUCCUUGCGCUUUAUGCAAUAGUGUUUAUUGUAUGUUGAGUGGUCGGACAAGAAUAAAACACAUUGGUCUAGUUAGUCAAGAAUACACUACUUCAAAAAAAGACGAUAAUUACGUCCUAAACUCUACUUUUGUCAAGAAUAUCUAGAAAAAGGAUGCAAAUCUGGACAUGUGCUUCACUGGCUCGUGGUUCAUACCGAAUGGCCACACAAUAUAGGUACCAAGUGUUAGUAAUGCUGUUAUUAGGCUGUACAGUGCUGGUACAUUACAGCUAUGACGUGAGGUACUUACUAUCACUGCGCCUAGAGAAAGAAUAUGAAGGAGACACACUGAAUGAUAUUCUCAGAGCUAGUCAGCUUACCAUAGCCCCAAACACAACCAGUCCCCUAUUGUCAGCCCCAGGCGAGGAAGUGCUGACUCCAUCUGGGCCAAUGUUUCAACGCAUCAACCAGAACGACGCCUGGGUUUACUCCGCCUUCUUUGACACAUACAAAGACAAGAAUCUGAUCCGUGUUUUUGGAAUGCAACCUCACGCUUUACAGAAUUCAGUCUUUUGUCACCUGGGUUUUAAGCACGAGAAUUACACGAUGGAAGGGAAGAGGACGCUGUUACAAGAUAAUCAUGGCUACAGGCUUCGGGUUGUGAGCUAUGAAUGUGAUUUGAUAGACGACAGACGUCCAGAUCUUGUCUCUAUAACUUGGAAUACAAGUGAUUCACCCACCAAUAGCCUUAGAGUUCUAUAUCCAUCGUCACUAAAGAGAAACUUCACAGUCUGUUAUGCUAUUUUAUACAACUUUACUAAUUACAAACAAAUUAUACAGAGUGUCGAGUUUGAUCGAAUACUUGGAGCUGAGCACUUCUUUGUGUACAACAUGAGCAUUUCAAAUACCACAGACGCUCUGUUGAGACAUUAUCAGAGACGAGGCUUGCUGACAGUCAUGCAAUGGCCGCUUCCCAUCUCAGAAAUACACUAUCAAGGUCAGGUAUUAGCUAUCAACGACUGCGUCUAUCGCAAUAAGGGUGUCUCUAAAUACGUAGCUAUUCAUGAUACUGAUGAGAUUAUCAUCCCAAACAAUCAUGACAACUGGGGAGAUCUGAUAGAUCAGGUCAACAAAGAUUACGACCAGCAGAAACAAAGCCCACAGAGUCACGACAAGCUAGGGACUUAUAUAGUGGAGAGCACGUUCUUCCAGGAUAGACCGAACGCCUCGGUCUGGUCAGCAAUCAAACAAAAUUAUUCGAUCUCUGACCAAGUGGAGCGGUUGUUUGAGAACUAUUCACUCACUGUGUUUACAGAUCUUGUACGUUUACAAAAUGCAUUCGUAGGUGGUAGACAAAAGUCAAUAGUCAGACCCGAGAUGGUCUUGUUUCCUGAUGUCCAUACCACCAUCACACAUCGACCAUCGGCCACUGAUGUUACGGUGCGUCAAAGUUUGGCUUUAGUCCACCACCAAAGGAAGUAUUCGUCGUCAUCGCCCACCGAUAUAGUAGAAGCGACAUCCUUAAGAUUUAAAGACAAAAUGUUACCGCUAGUUAAUGAAACAUAUUUCAUGUUUUUCACGUGAUCUGUUCUGUGUGUCAAAUUUUGUUUAUAACAUGCAAAUAUUUUAUUAUAGCAAUGUCUUAGAUUUCAAAAAUUAAGUAUGCAUUGCAGUGUUUCACAUGACUUGGCAGUAGGUUAACCCUAAUUUUGUAGGAAUAACCCUCUUUUUUUCUUGUCUACUCAAGGAUGGUUCGAUAUAACAUAGGAUUUGUAAAACACUGUAAGGAUUCCAUCAUGCUCUUGAUAGUUUAGUAAUCUGCGUAGAUACUUAUUGAUAAGAGAAUGCUUAGUUAUAAUUCUUUUAAAAAUAGCUUUAUGCAUUGUUUCUUAAGCAGGAAGAAAAUAUUGACAGACAAGUCCAUUUUGUAGAUAUAUAGAUAGGUAAAGAUCAUUGUGAUGAACUUAUAUUUUUGUAAGCUUUGAAAUUAUCAAUAGGCGAAAAUUGGCUUUGCAAAAGCUUAGCCAUGUUCGGACCAAAAAAAAAAUCUAGCGAAAAGAAUAUUCUUAGUAUUUCAAGUCGUACACGGCUGGGAUAACAAGAGCUAUUUAUUGUCAACUUACAAUAUGACCAAACCCAGAGUAUCCCUCAGAAGCAUUGCUUAAUCUUUCUACCGAUUUGACGUGUGUUAAUAGCAAACAUCUAUCCUUGAGAAACUUAUUCAUGUGUAAGAACAGCAUGGUAUAAACAUUCUUUUAAACCACCAAGUGCAAUGCCCUCACUUCCACCAAUCCCUUAGUCUUUUGAACCAUUGGGGCACCACACAAGAUUGUCGACCGUCUUUCUACAUUCCACUCUGUCUUUUGCUUUGGAUAGAAUCUCUUUCAAUGGUAGGCCCGUCCAUUUUUUUUAUGUUGUCUUCCCAUCGCUUUCUUUGUCUGUCUCUUCUUCUUUUUCCUGGUACUGUUCCUUGAAGGAAGGUCUUUGCGAGCCCCCCAAAACCUUAUAACAUAGUCAUAGAGUUUUAAUUUGCGUUUUUAUUUUUGCACAGUAGUUAGUAGGUCAAAGUCAGGGCCUUUCGCUUCGUUUUUUUGAUGAGGCCAUUAAAUGUGAUACCUAGGAUCUUUCUGUUGCACCUCAACUCCAUGGCUAGGAUCCUCCUAUCUAGUUUUGCAGUCAAACAUAUCAAAAUGUGGCCGUGACCAGGGAGCACAUCAGUCUGAUUUUGGUGUGGAGAGCUAUGCCUUUGUCUUUCCAUAUUGUUCUGAGUUUUGCUGUUGUGAACUGUGCAAUACGGGCCUGUAGUUCAGUUAAUUUAGUUUAAGCUAAUUGUAUCUAUAUAUAUAUAUAUAUAUAUAUAGUUCUCUUCGUCGCUCAAGAGUUUGGACGAGAAGAAGAAGUAAAGGAAAGAUCACUUUUUUAUUUCUGCGAAGUCACCCCACGAAAAAACAAGAGGGGGGGGGGAGAACAAAUAUUCACCGGUCACUACGGAUGGCUGCCUGGUCGUGCGGUUUGCGCGCUGGACUGUCGUUUGGAUUUAUCAAACCCUGCUAGCUCCCAUCCUCCUUCGUCCUGCCUGAGUUUUGGACUAGGAAGUAAACAUUCGUCAACUCUGAAGGAACAUCCAAAACAUGUAAAACAUUUUAUUAACAAACAUUUUACAAACACUAAAUAGCAGUGCCGGACUUAAUCAUUGUGACCAAGAAGUCAUGGAAAGAGAACAAUUAAUCUACUACGUAUAUUUACAGAUCACUAAAUAGCAGGGCGAACUUAACCAUUGUGUGGCCCUAUGCAAAACGGAUUUCGCGGGGUCAAGUUUGGGAAGGGAAGCGGAUAAUAAGUAAAAUUUAAGAGUUUGUAUUAGAAAAUAAAUUCGUCUAUGCAUUUUAUUCAUUCUUUACUAAGUACAGAAUUACUUUACGAGCCUUGCAUGUAGCAAAGUCAUACAAUAUAUCAUAAUAAUUUUGUUUCCUUCAUAGAUCACGCUCACUAUCAAUAAUUACCUAAUGUUUCAAUCUAUCUUUGAGAAUUGUUGACCUCAAGUAAUUCAUUGAUUUGAGGCGCGAGAAGCUUCUUUCACCAGAUCACACCAUUACGGCUAAUGCAUAAUGUCGUUUUUAUUUAUCGCGCGUAGGAUUGGCGUUUCUCAUAUUUAAUGACACCAGAAAAUAACAAUUUUUGACUUUAUAUUUCCGUAUAUUUUAAGAACUUUUUCGUAUAUUUUGUAAUUUUGGGAAAUUUCCAGGAGCUCCUGGUAAAUCGACAGGAGGGCGCGGGAAAUCUGUUUUAAGCUAUAAUAUGGUUUAAUUAAAUAAUAAUUUAUACACCUAGAAUUAGCGCGGGUCCUAUGAAAGUGCGGGCCCAAUGACGUCGCAUAGGUUGCAGUGGCCUAAAUAGCGGCGUAUGCUACGUCGUCGGUUGACUAGUAUUUAAUUUAGUUCUACAUUAGACAUUUACUAUCGGGUCGCCAUGUUGAGGUCGUUAGAUCGUAAUACGAAAUCUCACUGACAUGUGUAUUUAAUAUAUAUAUAUAUAUAUAUAUAUAUAUAUAUAUAUAUAUGUUUAAUAAUAUAUGUCGCCUAUGUAAAUAUUUAUUUAUUUGUAAACUGGCUUUACGGAAAGACAAGUUUAGGCGCCGACUUGCUUUAACUGAAAUCUAAGAAAGCCCUUUGCAGCAGUCGACUUCCGAACCAGACAGUUGGAGGCUUAUUACAAAGGCCGCGGGAUACACUAUUGAGAAUUUAGACCAAAAGAAAGUCUCAUUACAGAUGUAGUCGGCGAACCCUAACUCUAACAUUAAUCGACCACCGCCGGACAACGGUUAUGUCUACGCUGGGUUUGGCGAAAUAUGUAGGUCACAACUGGGUCUGCGUAGCCACGUGAACUACUGUACUCUUUAUUGAUCUUCAGACUCGAAGACAAAAUCCUUAUUAUUUUUAAAAUUUGUUCAAACGUGACCUCAAAUCAGUGGACAUCGAUGUUAAUUACUGGGAAGUCUUUGCUAAAGAACGCACAAUGUGAAAGGAGAGGGUGGCAAAGAAAGUUAUUGGUAGCAAUAAAAAGAAAACAAAAACAACUUAACCACUUAAAGAAAAGUGAGCCGAAAGAGAAAUGUCUGGCUCCUCUAUCACCAAAGCAAAUGACAUCUUUAUUUUCGUAAAUCUCUCUCCAGAACAGGACUCGACAGUCACAUGUUCUUAGAGGACACGCCGUCUUUUCCGCCACUCAAGAAGGCAAACUAUGUUAGAGUUGUCAUUAUAUAGAUAUAUGAAUAAUUUUAUCUACGCGUAUAUUAAUAAUAAUAAUAAUAAUAAUAAUCAUCUUUAUUGUCCGUAUGGAAUUUGUCUUACAAUUUGUGCAUUACACUAAACAGAAAACAUUAUAACUAUAAGAAAGUGUACAUUCACACCAGACUCACUCAUAAUUUACAUGUGACAAAGUUUAUACCAGAUUGUUCCUAUUUAAUGAUUUGAUUGCCAGGGGAAAAAAAGAGUGUUUGUGUCUGUUUGUCUUUGCUAUCGGUGUCUUGUAUCUCUUUUGUGAUGGUAAAAUCGUAAUCUUUGCUGCCCCUUUUUGCUGAUAUAAUCAGUAUUUGGAGUAAAAUUUAGUUUAUUUUCUAGGAUAGUACCAAGCAGGGCCGCCGCUACCUAUUGUGCAAUGUGUGCAUUGCAAGCAGGCGGUCGACUUUAGGGGGCGGCCAAAUCAUUAUUCCAAGGUUUCUUUAAAGAAAAUUUUGUUUAAAAAAUACUUAAAUAUUUUAUACCAAUUCCAAUUAUUCCAUUACCAUUUGAAACUAUAAACGACAUUCGUACAUAAGAAACUCUUUUGGAAACUAGAACCAAAAAAUGAAGCAGCGUGCGAGGGAUUUCGACGGGUUUUUCCAAAGGCGCCUAAUCUUUUCUGGCCUUGAGUUUUCGCGGGUUGUUUUGUACUAUUUGUUUUGAGUCGCAUAGCCCGCACUGUAAGUAGAUCUAUUACCCGUAAUUAAAAAGUCAA